AUGGACAACAUAACCGACCCUGCUCUUCGCGUCGAGAUUGAAGACCUUCGCGACGAGAUCGCUCUUAAAGAGACCAUCCUCGAGAGCUUGGAGGAGAAUGCCUGUGACAAUAGCGAGGAUGAGGAACUCAGACAUACGACACAGAAGGAGCUCAGAAGAUUGCAGAAACACCUUCGGGCGCUUCUGCCACCCCCGAAACAGGAACACCACGACGGUCUGCCUCUCAGGAAGUCGGGUCAAACUUCUGAGGCCGUGACCAACGAGCGUCCUGCCAGUCGCCACUCAGACAAUGCCCAACAGCACGAUUCUAAUCUUUCAAGCCAUCUCAUGCCUCCACCUAAUCACGAAUUACCGAAUCGCAAGCGCCUCAGACAAGACAGCCUUGAUAACGGCGGACCAGAAACCUCCAAAUCUCGACGAACAAGUCCGAGUCCUGGCUCUGCCAACACUGCGGCCCCGUCGCCAGCCGCCUCCUCUGCUAGUCUAGGCAGUCUAGAUGAUCCGUUUGCUGACCCUCUCUUUGGAGGCUUCUCUAGGGAGGAGAUUGAGCUGAAUCAGGACUUCUGGAAGAGACGGGAGCACCAGGUGGAACAGGAGGAAAGCGAUGCCAGACUUGCCGAGCGGCUCUCACAGGAGUGGGCUCAGGACGCGGGCUCAGAUACAACACAAGCCGUUGGCGCACGCCCAUCCGACUAUACUCAAUCCUUCUUCAAGACGGACGGCAGCAUCAAUCGAUUUCCUACCUCUCAGCAUUCAUACAUCGGUGACAGCACUCGACAACUCCAGCCUAUCCAGACAGAUGGCAGUAUCAAUCGCUCUCCUGCAUAUCAGCCUUCAUACUCCGGUAGCAGUACUCGACAAUUUCAACCUGUCAAAACGGAUGGUAGUAUCAAUCGCUCUCCUGCUUAUCGGCCUUCAUACACGGCUCCUGCCUAUCAGCCUUCAUUCUCCGCUGACAGUCACCGACAACUUCAACCUGUCAAGCCAGAACCCUCCACUAAUAACACUCAAUCGUUGCUCUCGGUCAAGUCAGAGGUUUCAGACCCGAGAGCCAUCAAAGCCGAUCCUGGCUUUACCUUUCCGCUAGCAAUGCCUGGGGCUUUUCCGCCCGGCCCAUCUUACAGCAGCGUUGGUGGGAGACAGGUGUACAACUUCAUGCCGUCCACGCCCCACAAUUAUUUGACAAUUUCUGAUUCCAGCGAUGAUGAUUCACGUCCUUCCUCCUUACCAGGCCGACCGGAUAUGCCUCUGCCAAGUUCUUCUUUCCCGACUCCAUCUGCGUAUUCGUCAUAUGGAUAUCAAGAUGAGGCUCAAACUCAGGAACAACUGAUGGAGCUUUUGCGGCAGAUUAGGCCUGAUGAAGAGCUCACCGCGGAUCAGAUACCACAGCAGCCACCAGGCCUGAAGGCGAUCCUUAUGCCUCAUCAGCUCAGUGGCGUCGCGUGGAUGAAGCGAAUGGAAGAAGGUACCAACAAAGGUGGUAUUCUAGCCGACGACAUGGGACUCGGGAAGACCCUACAGAGUAUUGCGUUAAUGCUCGAGCGCCCGCCUGCCCCCGACAAACACUGUCCUACCCUUAUCGUGGCACCUGUGGCAUUGAUGCACCAAUGGAAGCGAGAAAUCGAAAAGAUGGUUCGACCGAGGUUUCGCAUGAAUGUCUUCAUCCUCCACGGAGACAGUCGCAAAGCUACGUGGGCCGCUCUCAAGGCCUACGACGUAAUUCUGACUACGUACGGACUGCUCACAUCGGAGCUGAAACGGAAAAAGACAUUGGAUGAAAAAGUCAAGAAUUUGAAGGAUUGGCACCCGUCGGUUUAUGAGGACUGCCCCAUCCUCGGGGACAGGUCACGAUUCCACCGUGUGAUUCUCGACGAAGCGCAAAAUAUCAAGAACAGAGAUGCGAAGGCCUCCCUUGCGGCCUGUCGCAUUCAAGCAGAGUAUCGUUGGGCUCUUACUGGGACACCAAUGCAAAACUCCACGGAAGAAAUCUUCAGCCUCAUUAGAUUUACCCGGAUUGCACCCUAUAACAACUGGGAGAACUUCAGGAGGGCUAUUGGAGGUCCACUCCACAAGAAGAACAGGAAUGCUUCUGCAAGGGAAACCGCCAUGAAAACACUUCAAGCGCUCCUGCGUGCUAUCCUCCUGAGGCGAACGAAGCAGUCAAAGAUACAUGGUCGACCAAUUCUCCAACUCCCUCCUAAAGAGACGAGAGAGGAUCGAGUCCCGUUCGAUGAGGACCAGCUUGAGUUCUACACAGCUUUGGAGACAAGUGCUCAAAUUCAGGUGAACAAAUAUCUCCAGAAAGGAACGCUCGGCCGAAAUUACUCUGAAGCUUUGGUGCUGCUCCUUCGACUUCGUCAGGCCUGUUGUCACCCGGCCCUUGUUGUUGCAAGCAGAGACUUCAUCCAACUUCCUGGCGGGGAGCUGGAUACGGAGGCGCUAAUUCGCAAUGCAGAGCAACUCGAUGCGAAGGUUGUCGAACGACUGAAGCAGCUGGGCGCCUAUGAAUGUCCGAUUUGUUUCGAUGUUGCAGAAAACCCAGCGGUGUUCUUUUGUGGACAUGCUAUAUGUGGAGACUGUCUCAAUCAGCUCGUCGAGCAAGCGACCAACGACAAUAACGGUGCACCACCGGUUUGCCCUCAGUGUAGGGCAAGGAUUGAUGUUAACAACGUCACGGACUACACCAGUUUCCUUCGCGUCCACUGCCCAGAUCGAGUGGAGGCGCAAGAACAGAAGGAUGAUGAUGCCGACUCCAACUCCGAUUCCGACGACUAUAGCAGUGGUAGCUCCGACGAGGGUGACGACCUCGGUGGUUUUAUUGUGUACGAUGAUGUUGAGGACGACUCUGGGGAUGAAUCGAACAAACAGUCGGAUAGACCAUCAUCGAAAGCCAAAUCCAAGAAAGGAAAAGAGAGGUCCAGGUCCAAGUCCAGGCCAAGAGUCAGAGAACCAUUGAAGAGUCUCGCUCAGCUUCGGAAAGAAGGGUUGCGCAACAAAGCUGCGAAGCGAAAGUAUUUGAAACGUCUCCAGAAGAAUUUCCAUCCUUCCGUCAAAAUCACGCGCACCAUUGAGCUGCUGGAGGAAAUCAAAACUAAAGGAGAGAACGACAAGACCAUCAUCUUCUCCAACUUUACAUCAUUUCUCGAUUUAGUGGAGCUGCCUCUGUGGAGACACAAAGAUUUCUCCAAGUACGUCCGUUACGACGGCUCUAUGAGUGCGAAGGACCGCAACGACGCUGUGCUCGAAUUCACCGACAACCCGCACUGUAAGGUGAUCCUGGUGAGCUUGAGGGCAGGCAAUGCAGGCUUGAACUUGACGGCGGCAAAUCAUGUUAUCAUGCUUGAUCCAUUCUGGAAUCCGUUUGUCGAAUAUCAAGCUGCAGACCGAUGUUAUCGGAUCGGCCAAACCAAAGACGUGACUAUCCACCGAGUCCUGAUUGGUGAAGGAGACUCAGAAAAGCCUUUUGGCUCUGCAGGCUCCACAGUUGAGGAUCGUAUUUUGCAGCUUCAAGAGCGGAAACGAGAGCUCGUUGAAACCGCCCUGGACGAAUCAGCUGGCCGUGCGGUGUCGAGACUUGGUGUGCGGGAAUUGGGCUAUCUCUUCGGACUCAACGCCCUCUGA